CGGAUGUCGCGUCCCCGCCCGUGGUCCUCCCGCCCGGCAGGCGGCGCCCUCGCCGCUGGGCGCGCUGCCCGCGGCCGCUCUGGCAGCGGAAACGGAAGCGGCAGCGGCAGCAGCGGCCCGGCGGGGCGGCUCGGCAGCAGCGCCGCCGCGGAGCGCCAAACAUGCAACAUGGCAGCAGCCAUGGAAACUGAACAGCCGGGCCUGGAAAUCUUUGAGACUGCAGGUCAUGAGGAGCAGGUCCCGAGAGAGGAGCAGCCAAAACUGGAACCUUUCUAUGUCGAGAGGCAUUCCUGGAGCCAGCUUCGGAAACUGCUCACGGAUACACGGAAGUAUCAUGGAUACAUGAUGGCAAAAGCCCCUCAUGACUUCACGUUUGUGAAGAAAAAUGAUCCCGAGGGACCUCAUUCCGACAGGAUCUACUAUCUGGCAAUGUCUGGGGAGAACAGGGAGAACACGCUCUUCUAUUCUGAAAUUCCCAAAACCAUAAACAAAGCUGCUGUCCUGCUGCUUUCCUGGAAGCCUCUUCUGGAUCUUUUUCCGGCCAUCCUGGACUAUGGGAUGUACUCGCGGGAAGAGGAGCUGCUGCGGGAGAGGAAGCGCAUCGGCACCGUUGGGAUCGCCUCCUAUGAUUACCACAGAGAGAGUGGCACCUUCCUGUUCCAGGCAGGGAGUGGGAUUUAUCAUGUGAAAGAUGGAGGCCCCCAUGGAUUCACCCAACAGCCUUUAAGACCCAUUCUGGUAGAGACCAGUUGUCCAAAUAUCCGGAUGGAUCCCAAACUUUGUCCAGCUGAUCCAAAUUGGAUUGCAUUUAUCCACUGCAAUGACAUCUGGAUAUCUAACAUAGAAUCCAGGGAAGAAAGGAGGCUGACGUUUGUGCACAAUGAGCUGGCCAACGUUGAGGAGGAUCCAAAAUCUGCUGGCGUGGCCACUUUUGUGCUGCAGGAGGAGUUUGACAGAUACACUGGCUACUGGUGGUGCCCAAAGGCCCAGCCCACACUGGAUGGGGGUAAAGUUCUUCAAAUUCUUUAUGAAGAAAACGAUGAGUCCGAGGUGGAAAUUAUCCAUGUCACAUCACCCAUGCUGGAGACAAGAAGAACAGAUUCCUUCCGGUACCCCAAAACUGGUACAGCAAAUCCAAAGGUCACUUUCAAGAUCUCUGAAGUGACAAUCAAUGCAGAAGGCAGAAUUGCAGAUGUUGUGGAUAAAGAGCUAGUUCAGCCCUUCGAGAUCCUCUUUGAAGGAGUAGAGUACAUUGCUAGAGCUGGGUGGACGCCAGAAGGAAAAUACAUCUGGUCCAUCCUGCUGGAUCGCUCCCAAACUCGGCUUCAGAUAGUCCUGAUCCCUCCUGCAUUAUUCAUCCCCACAGAAGAUGAUGCAAUGGAAAGACAGAAACUUAUUGAUGCUGUACCAGAUUCUGUUACACCUUUCAUUAUUUAUGAAGAAACGACAGACAUCUGGAUAAAUAUCCACGAUAUCUUCCAUGUCUUCCCUCAAACCCACGAAGAUGAGAUCGAGUUCAUUUUUGCCUCGGAGUGCAAAACAGGCUUCCGGCACCUGUACAAGGUCACCUCGGUUCUGAAGGAGAGCAAGUACAAACGGUCCUGUGGAGGCCUCCCUGCUCCAAGUGACUUCAAGUGCCUCAUCAAAGAGGAGAUAGCAAUUACCAGUGGGGAAUGGGAAGUGCUUGGCAGACAUGGAUCCAACAUCUAUGUGGAUGAAGCCAAAAAGCUGGUGUACUUCCAAGGCACAAAAGACUCCCCUCUGGAGCAUCACCUGUACGUUGUUAACUACGAGAGCCCCGGGGAGGUGAAGCGUCUGACAGAGCGCGGAUUCUCGCACGCCUGCUGUGUCAGCCAGGACUGUGACAUGUUCAUCAGCAAGUACAGUAACCAGAAGAACCCCCACUGUGUGUCACUGUACCGGCUGACAGGCUCAGAAGAUGAUGCAGCUCAUAGGACUAAGGAAUUCUGGGCUACCAUUUUAGAUUCAGCAGGUCCUCUUCCUGAUUACAUUCCCCCUGAAGUGUUCUCCUUUGAGAGCUCCACGGGGUUCACACUGUAUGGAAUGAUGUACAAACCCCACAACCUGCAGCCUGGGAAGAAGUACCCCACAGUGCUCUUCAUCUAUGGAGGCCCUCAGGUACAGCUGGUGAACAACCGGUUUAAAGGAAUCAAGUACUUCCGACUGAACACUCUGGCUUCUUUAGGCUACGUCGUCGUUGUCAUUGACAACAGGGGCUCCUGCCACCGAGGGCUGAAGUUUGAAGGAGCCUUUAAAUACAAAAUGGGACAGAUAGAGAUCGAUGACCAGGUGGAAGGGCUGCAGUAUUUGGCGUCACAGUACGACUUCAUCGACUUGGAGCGAGUGGGCAUUCACGGCUGGUCCUACGGAGGCUACCUCUCCCUAAUGGCUUUAACACAGAGGUCAGAUAUCUUCAGGGUGGCCAUAGCCGGAGCCCCCGUCACGCUGUGGAUUUUCUACGACACGGGGUACACGGAGCGCUACAUGGGCCACCCGGAGCACAACGAGCAGGGCUACUACCUGGGGUCUGUGGCCAUGCAGGCUGAGAAGUUCCCUUCUGAACCAAACCGCUUGCUGCUGCUACACGGAUUCUUGGAUGAGAACGUUCACUUUGCACACACCAGUAUUUUGCUCAGCUUUUUGGUGAGAGCUGGGAAACCCUAUGACCUACAGAUCUACCCUCAGGAGAGACACAGCAUCAGGGUCCCGGAGUCGGGGGAGCACUAUGAGCUGCACCUGCUCUAUUACCUGCAGGAGAACCUGGGCUCUCGCAUCGCUGCCAUGAAGGCCCUGUGACUGACCUGAGAGCUCUGCCCACGCCUGCUCUCUGCACAGGGAGGUGUAGGAAACUAGAGAAAAUAGGAUGGGACGUUGCUUUCUGGUGCCUGCCACACGUACACACACGUACACACCCUCACAGACACUUUUUUAAAAGUCAAUUUGGUGCCAUACAGGAAAUUAAAGUACGGUGAUCUAAUAACUCUAGUUAUUAAACUCCAAGUUUAAGCUGUAAAUAAAAUCCAAUGUCUGUGGUAUAAUACAGUACCAUGGGUGUUCUCUUGGGGGACGAGCUGAAACUGAAAACAACGUACUUCUACAGCACCAGAUCUUCACUUUUUAAAAGCAUUAUGGCAUAAUUGAUGUAUUUUUACAGUGUGUUCCUUGGUAUCUUAUUACAUUAUACAGGAUGAUUUACUCACUACACAGCAAGAGUUUACCUGAAUGGUUACAACUUUUAUUAAUUUUAAAUGCUAUCAUAUAGCUUUUAUGCUUUGUGAAAGGGAUGUGUCUCACUCCUUAGAAGGUGGUCACAAGUUGGAUACAUCCCCUGUCUAGAUGUUAAUUGUUUUUUAAGAAGAAAGACUUUUAAGCUGCCUCUUAACAUAUUUAAAGUUUGGAUUCAGAUCAGUUGAUGCCAGGUUCUUUGAUUCCUUCUCCCCUAGGAUAAAUCAUUCUCUUUUCUUCCAGCAGCUUGAGAACCUAUCCUGAUUGUACUUGAUUUCAGUGGAGAAGUGAAUUGAUACUUUACUGUGAUAUGGGCAUAACAAUCUUUUAUUCUGAGGUGCAAACUAACUUAAGUUAAAAAGCAGAAACUGUAAACUUUCAAACAAGCUUCAGGGUGGAUCCCGUUGAGAUUUUUCCCUGAUGUUCACUCUGGAGCUGGGUUUGCAAUACUCCUUCCUCACCCUCACAUCAGCAUGAUAUAGGCAUUUGCAUCCUGUUACAAUUUAGAAAUUCAAUACUCUGAUUCCAAGGUCUGCAGAGGAUGUGGCAAGACCUUACAUGUGAGGCAAUAUGAACUGUUCUGUUGAAUUUCCUCAUGUCUGAGGGGCUCAUGCCCUGUCCAGUCCCCUGUUCCUGGGUCCUUUCCAGCACUACUGUGCAUGAUAAUGAUGAUGCUGUCUUUGAGAACCCCUUUCUGUACAGCUUCAGGUAACCCUCAAGGAAUUGCAGUCCCAGUUGUGUUUUUGCUACUGAGUUUUUAACUAAGCAGCAGGCUUGGCUGAAAGGCAUAAGUGUGUGAAGGCAGUUUUAACUGGCAACAGGUAAUUUAGGAUAGAAUUCCAUAGAAAAUUAUUCUCUUUAAUCCAGAAAAUUCUCCCUUUGGGACUUGCCUCUGAGACUUUGAUAAGUUUUAACGGUUUUCUUAGAAACCCAAGAACUUCAUUUUCCUUCUGUUUUGGUGCUAGAGAGAAGCAGAGCAUGAUUUCCUUUUCAUCUGCUGAAAAUCUGGAAUCACUCUCCGUGUUUACGCUCUUAGAACUCCACAUGUUGUAACCUUGUACUUUCCUUGAUUUUGUACUGUUCAGCUUGAUCCCAGGUUUAAUCUGAUCUGGGAUUUAACAGAGUCUGGCUGCAUCGGAUCAAACCGCAUCGUUUUUAAACUGCUGGGCAUGUGCACCAAAGCAAGGGGAGCCGGGGCAGUUACACGGUGUAAGAGCCGUGUGUGAGAGCAGGGUCCGGUUUUUGGGAUAACCAAAGCCAGGCGUGCAGGGAGAGUUCUCUCCGCAGUGGGGAGCCUUGUUCGGGCUCUCUGCUGCUUUCAGAUCGCAGUGCUUUCAAUGGAUCGGUUAAAGCACCAUUAGCAGGUCAGUAACGGGUGGAUUUUGGGAAGGGCGCGGCAGGGAAGGAGCCCAGCUCCAGGAAUGUCUUCUCUUAGCAGUUAAAUGUGGCUGAAGCAAAGGCAGCAGCCCUGGGGAGUGUGCUACCCUCAGCACAUGUGCAACACAACAGUGGCUAGAGACAAAAAUAAGCUGUUCCUCUGGAAUUCCAUUGUGUUCCCUACGUGUUAAUGCUGUAUUAUAUAUACAUAUAUCUAUAUCUGUUCAUAUAUACAUAUAUGUAUAAAAUUACCCAUGGAUAGUAUUCACCUUUUCCAAGGUUGUUUAUAUUUUGUUCAAUAUUAAAUUAACUUGCCUUUUUUGGGUGUUUUUGUUCUUUUUCUAGAGGUGCUUACCCUUGAAUGUAAAUGUAUAUCAUUUUUAAGAUGAAAUUGAUCCUCUUGUUUAAAAAACAGAACAAAAAUGGCCUUCAUCAAACAGUGCUUUUUUGGGGGACUGAAGAACUAAACAUUACGUGAGUAAAGCAGGCUAGGUUUGGAUUUGAGGCAGGAUGUGAUUAUAAGUGCUGACAUAGAAUUUUUAAUAAUGCAUCCUUCCACUGUUUUAAAUAUAUAUAUCAAAAAGCUAUUAAAGUACAAUAUACUAUAACUGCUCUGUUUUGCAACAUAAAUUAUGGAUUCUUUCUUUCCUACCAUUUUCUUUUCUUUUUACUGUAGUUAAGCACUUUAAGACCCUGUGCUCUCUUAUCCUGUGGAAGUGCUGGAAGGAUUUAUCACCAGAGUUUUGUAGUUCUUGCAAAAGAGAUGCCUUAGAUGAAGUCUGAGUGCAGCUAAAUUCCCAGUGAAGAAAGGCCCCGUUGUGAUCGAGACUGCAGAGGUAGGAAGGUGUUAGUGCUGAGGGACUUUGCAUCCUUAUUUUUGGGAGGGAGUGUUAUCCCUGCACCUCGUAUGGCGAAGUGUUGGUGUGGCCACAGACCAGGACAAGGCUGUACCUGACAGUCCUGGAGAUGGGAAUGUCACUCAAGGAGGUUUCCAGCCUGUUUGAUAUUUGGGAUUGUACUUUGUCACUUCCUGCAUGUUAAAACAUCUCUUGGUUAACGUGAGUUUUAAGCAGAACUAAUGAGAUCCUGGGGAGCACAUGCAAAGGAGGUUGUAGAGCAGAGAGGUGGGAGGAGGAGCCUUUGCUGUGGCUCCCAAAGCAGAGGUUGGUACAUCCCUGUGGAGGCCCCUCUGCCCUCCAGGUGUGUCUGCCCAGGGCUGAGCCUUCCUUGCAUGGUGGAUAUUUAAUUGCACAGGUGUCUUUGAGAUGAAUGUUUUCAUGUGUUUAAGAACAUAGAUGAAAUAUGGGGAUCUGAGUGCUGAGAUUGCUGUGUGUUGGUGCAGGCAGUUUGUGUCUUUUGAGGUGGUUGGGUUGUUUGGUUUUGUUCCUGGUGAAAGCUCGUUCUUUCACCCCAUUUUAGUGCAGCUUCCAGUGAUGCCUCAUGAGUGUGGGAUGUGCAAAGCUAUCGGGUUUCACCCCCACCUCCCUUUGUUCUCAAUGAUCUCUUUUUAUUCAGAACACGGUAAAAUUAGUAUCUACCCAGAACUGCUUAAUUUUUACAAACUCAAUGGAAAAAUGAGCUCAAAGCACCAAGCAAUGCUUUGAAAACAACUAACUUUAUUAUAUUAGAAUGGAAAAUGCAUUCUCUACUUCCUAGUGGCAUUUGGAAACAGGCUAUGGAAAAACUUUCUGAGUGGGAUAGUGUAGUAAUGCUUUAACCCUGGAGCACCUGCACCUGAACCUGGGUAGGAAAUGAUGGAGAAUUCUCAUAUUCCCGAGUUCCAAGCCAUAUUCCCUGCCAGGAGGAGUGGGUUGUGCUGCUGCUGUGUGUCCGUGUGUCCGGCUGUCCUGCUGCUGCCGUGACACCCAACCCCUGCCCAGGCAAUAACAGAGUCUGAGAACGAGAAACAUCAGCCUGGUGAGGCCCCUGCCUGGGGCUGCCUGUUUCCCUGAGUGCCAGAACCCUGCAGAGACUUUCCAUGUGCCCCUUUGGAAGGGGCAGAGAGCUCUUCCUGCGGUUUUUCCUUGGCUGUUCUGCUCAGUAGAAGUUCAGGUGUUUAAUUUGAGAACAUGAAGUGCCUGCUGUUUGCGUUAACAAAAUUGCAUGUCUCACUCCAGUGGGUUUAUUGGGCUCCCUCCUUCCCCCCUCCCGAGCUCCAUGGCUUUUAAUCAUGUAAAGUGGAGACAUUAGUUUUGCUGCGUUUUAUUACAAAACCUUUGUUGCAAUAAAGAUGCUGCUAAAUAAA